CCCUAGCGGUGAUCAUUGGACUGAAAACUCUGCGGAGGGGAAGAUGAGAAUGAAAUAGCUUGAACAAGAAGCCGGGAUCAUGGCGGCACCGCUCGGGCGGGACACUCUACCUGACCACUGGUCCUAUGGAGUUUAUCGAGAUGGCAGGGUCUUCUUCAUCGAUGAUAAAACUCACAGCACUACUUGGCUCCAUCCCCGUACGGGUGAACCUGUCAACUCUGGACACAUGAUACGAUCAGAUUUACCACUGGGAUGGGAAGAAGGAUUCUCGGACGAGGGGGCCAGCUACUUCAUUAACCAUAACCAGAAGAGCACGUCGUUCCGACACCCUGUGACUGGACAGAUAUCUCCAGAAAACACUGAAUAUAUGCUCCACGACAAGUGAGUGCACCUCUACUCUU